UUCUACUCUUUUUAUUGAUAACCUAAUUUUGAUUAAUUUGUCGUAUCGUAAAAUCUCCUUUUCGCAAUAUUAUUAUAAUGGGCUUGAUGAAUUAUUUAAUAGAAUCCAAUUCAACGAACCAGCUAAGUUGGUGUGCCUUGCCGUAUUUGGCUGGUUUGUUGACCUUGAUGUCUUGGGUUCGAUGAUUGGUGAUCCUCUCCAUGAAACGAUGCAUGCCUAUUUGAUUUAUUUGGAAAGUAUUAAGAUUUGCCAAGGCAUGGGUAGAGCUAUGUUGGGAGCGAAUGAUCACCCAAUUCUGAGAUGGGAUGGAGAGAAGGUUGUUUUUGACACCCUGCAUAGAUCACCUGAGUGUAGUAUAUUAAUUAACAACAACUCAAGUGUUUGUGUAAAAUGCACUCAAUUUUCAUCCCAGGAUGAGGUUCUUUAUGAGGUUACUGAUGCUACUGAGGAAGACCCCAUUAAAGGUGUAUUUGAGGACGAGCACCGCUCCCUCAAUGAAUGGCAACUCAUGUUUUACAGUAACCAAGUAAAAAAUGCAUCUCUUCCGGCUCACCAAAGAAGAUAUCAUCCCGAUACCAUUCGCUGGGCCAUUGAGCUUUAUUCCAGGUCACCUGCCGCAUAUGACCACAUACGAACAAGCAAUGUUUUAAUAUUACCGUCUAGUAGUACCAUACGAAGAUACAGGAAUUACCUGACUCCCAAGCCCGGUCUAUGUGAAAUGGCCCUCUGCGAAAUAGAAAGAGUCAUGAAGGAACAUCGCACACUUCCUGGCUAUCUUACGCUGGAUGAAAUGAAAAUUAAAGAAAAUGUUGUCGUGCGUGAUGGUCAACUGAUAUGAUUUGUAAAAUCAAGUUUAUCCAGCCGCUGUCAAAUCGCAAGUCACAUAUUUGUAUUUUAUGUGAGGACCAUCAAACGAGAGGUGUCACUUCCUCUAGCAUGGUACCCCACUACUGUGACACCACCAGCACAGUUAGCGCUUCUCUUCUGGAGAAUUCUUUACGAAUGUGAGAGAAGAGGGCGUCACAUACAUGCUAUAGUUGCAGAUGGAAUGGCAACCAAUCGGAGAUUUUUUAAACUUGUCAGUGGA